GUUACUACUGUAUUGUCCUCGUAUAAUACUACUGUAUUAUACUCCGUACAGCGUUACUACUGUAUUAUACUCCGUUACCACAACUAACACCUCCGUUGUGCUACGAUGGAGAAGAUCGUCCGUUCAAGAAACGAGGACGGGACUGUUUUCUCGGUGGUCUUUCCGUCACUUGACCAAGAGCUGGUUGAAGCCGCUACCCAGCAGGCUCCCAGCAAGGAGAUGCAGUAUCUCAGAAAACAGAACUUUGAGCAGGCCUCAGUCAUUGCUGCUCUGAGGGAGCAGAUGGCCGCCAAGGAUUCCAGCUGGGAAGAGGAGAAGAUGAGGAUCCUGAAGGCUCUCAAGUCAGAGAGACUCAUCAGGAAAGAAGCCCAGAAGGGCUUCAAAGGACAGGACAACCCUGACCUCCAGGUUCAACUCCUCCAGACUCCCAGCAACCAGCUGAAGGACUCUCACCAGCACAACACUGAGCUGGCCACCGAAAUCACUGCCCUGAAGCAGCAGAUGGCCGCCAAAGAGUCCCGCUGGGAGCUGGAGAAGAACAAGAUCCUGAUGGCUCAGAGAGCCAUCAAGAUACAGGCUCAGAACGACCUGCAGAACAAGGAGAAGGAGAAACAGAAGGUGAUCGACUCUCUCAAUCAAAGUCUUCUUGAAAAGCAGAAUGAAAUCCUGAUGGUCAAACAGACUCCCAGCAACCAGCUGAAGGACUCUCACCAGUACAACACUGAGCUGGCCGCCGAAAACGCUGCCCUGAGGGAGCAGAUGGCCGCCAAGGAGUCCCGCUGGGAGCUGGAGAAGAACAAGAUCCGGAUGGCUCAGAGAGCCAUCCCGAUACAGGCUCAGAAACAGGAGGUGACCGUCUCUCUCAGUCAAAGUCUGCUUGAAAAGCAGAAUGAGAUCGUGAUGGUCAAACAGACUCCCAGCAACGAGCUGAAGGACUCUCAACAGGUCACCGAGCUGGCCGCCGAAAACGCUGCCCUGAGGGAGCAGAUAGCCGGCUGGGAUCUGGAGAAGAACAAGAUCCUGAAUGCUCUCAGGUCAGAGAGAACCAUCAGGAAGGAAGCCCAGAGGGACCUCAAAGAACAGGAUGAGCAAAACCCUGACCUCCAGGUUCAACUCCUCCAGACUACCAGCAACCAGCUGAAGGACUCCCAGCAGCACAACACUGAGCUGGCUGCCGAAAACGCUGCCCUGAGGGAGCAGAUGGCCGCCAAGGAGUCCUGCUGGGAGCUGGAAAAGAACAGCUCAGAUCAGAGCCUGAUACAGGUUCAGAUGGACCUGCAGACCAAGGAGCAGGAGAAACAGGACGUGACCGACUCUCUCAGUCAAAGUCUGCUUGAAAAGCAGAACGAGAUCGUGAUGGUCAAACAGACUACCAGCAAUCAGCUGAAGGACUCCCACCAGCACAACACUGAGCUGGCCGCCGAAAACGCUGCCCUGAGGGAGCAGAUGGCCGCCAAGGAGUCCGGCUGGGAGCUGGAGAAGAACAGCUCAGCUCAGAGCCUGAUACAGGCUCAGAUGGACCUGCAGACCAAGGAGCAGGAGAAACAGGAGGUCACCGACUCUCUCAGUCGAAGUCUGCUUGAAAAGCAGAACGAGAUCGUGAUGGUCAAACAGACUACCAGCAACCAGCUGAAGGACUCCCACCAGCACAACACUGAGUUGGCCGCCGUAAACGCUGCCCUGAGGGAGCAGAUGGCCGCCAAGGAGUCCGGCUGGGAGCUGGAAAAGAACAAGAUCCUGAUACAGGUUCAGAACGAUCUGCAGACCAAGGAGCAGGAGAAACAGGAGGUGACCAACUCUCUCAGUCAAAGUCUGCUUGAAAAGCAGAAUGAGAUCCUGAUGGUCAACCAGUGCUGGACUGAAAAGUGUGAAAAGGCCUGUGAAGCUUGGAAGGAGGAGAACAGGGAGAUCAGAGAGACCUGUGAGAGAGAGCUCCAAUCUGCACUUGAUCAAAAGAAUCUGAUGGUCAAAUCUCUGCAGGACGAGUCGGACAGGAAGGUGAGCCAGGUCGUCCUGGAAAAGGAUGAUCUGAUCACCGGAUUGACGACGGCCAAGAUGGCUCUGGAGGCCGAGUGGACAACGAAGCUCGCCCCUCUGGAAGAUCAGAUCCGGCUCAAGACCGACACCACCACAGACCUCCAGGCACAACUCCUCCGCCUCCAGGAGCUCCACCAGAAACUUGACCUGGGAGCACUGAAGAUGACCGCGGAGGAGAUGAAUGCCAAGAAGAAGGAGUUAAAGAAGCUGAUUGUGGAGAAGGAGAAGGAGGAGAAGAGACAGAAGAAAGAGAGGGAGGAAAGAGAGAAGAGAGAGAAGAAGGAGAGGGAGGAAAGAGAGAAGAGAGAGAAGAAGGAGAGGGAGGAAAGAGAGAAGAGAGAGAAGAAGGAGAGGGAGGAAAGAGAGAAGGAGGAGUUGAAAAGUGUGAAGAAGGAAAAGGAGGCUCUGGAGAAAAAAGAGAAGGAGGACUUGAAAAGGGAGAAGAAGGAGAGGAAGGAGAAAGAGAGGAGAGAGAAGUAGCAUCCUUUCUCUCCACAUUCUUCCCCCAUCCCCCUUCUGACCAUCCCGCCCCUUCACCCCCUACACC